CUCACCUAACAAGGAAGUCUGGCUACAUAGUUGCACCAACCCAACACCUGCAAAGGAUUUCAUUGGUGCCACCAGGCAGCAUCUGCAAAGGCAUUGGUGUCACCAGACUCUGAGCUUUCAUUUAAGAAACAGUAAGUUUCUAGCCCUCCUACAAAGUGAUGUAUGAAGCAAAAUAUGCAAGUACCCUUCCAAGCAAUUGACGUGAAAUGAGCAUUUAAAUCCUACAUCGGUUUACACAUUGACAGCUGAAGAAGUGGAGAGACUGGCUGCAAUGCGCUCAGACUCGCUGGUUCCAGGGACGCACACCCCUCCAAUUAGGAGGAGAAGCAAAUUUGCCACUCUCGGAAGAAUUUUCAAGCCAUGGAAGUGGAGGAAGAAGAAGAGUGAGAAGUUCAAGCACACGUCAGCAGCACUUGAAAGAAAAAUAUCAAUGAGGCAAAGCCGAGAGGAGCUCAUCAAGAGAGGAGUUUUGAAGGAAAUUUUUGAUAAAGAUGGGGAGUUUUCCAUACAAAAUGAAGAAGGAUCAUUGGAGAAUGGGCAGGCUCUGAGUUCCAGCCAGGCUUCGCUCCCAAUCCUAUCUGAACUGGAGCCGUGUUCAGCAUCUGGUGAUUCCUGUGCAUAUGAAGUACUCCCUACUCCAGAGAUCAUGGAUGGAACAGUGUCUGAAGAGAGCCCCACGUCCAGUGACUCUGGAGUCCUCCUAUCUCAAGAUCCUUCAUCUAAACCAGUCUUGCUACUUCUCCCUAAAAAAUCUGCUGCUUUCUCUGGAGACCAUGAGGACACCCCAGUGAAACAGCUCUCCCUCCUCAAACAGCCCCCUGCCCUGCCUCCUAAACCCAUUGCCAGGAUUGCCAACCACUUAGCUGAUCCUGGCGCGCCUGUGAAACUGCCUUGCAUGCCAGUCAAACUGUCGCCUCCGCUACCUCCAAAGAAAGUCAUGAUUUGCAUGCCUUUAGGGGGACCAGACCUCUCCCUUGCACCGUAUUCCACGCAAAAGAGCGCCCAGCAACCAUUGGCUUCACAUCACCACACAGUCCUACCGUCACAGUUAGCAGCGCACCAGCAUCAGUACGGCAGCCACAGUCCACAUUUGCCUUCUGGAUCCAGCACGUUACCCAUGCACCCUUCAGGGUGUCGCAUGAUUGAGGAGUUGAAUAAGACACUAGCCAUGACCAUGCAGAAGCUAGAAAGCUCUGGUUUGCACGGGGGCGACAGCAUCCCAAAAACUGGACCUGGAGGCUUUUCAGACAUGAGACAAGUGCCAACUGUUGUGAUCGAAUGCGAUGACAAUAAAGAAAAUGUGCCUCAUGAAUCUGACUAUGAAGAUUCAUCAUGCCUCUACACAAGGGAAGAGGAUGAGGAUGAAGAGGAAGAUGAGGAAAGCUCAUUAUUUACAAGUUCCCUGGCAAUGAAAGUCUGCAGGAAAGAUUCUUUAGCUAUCAAACUUAGCAACCGGCCAUCCAAGCGAGAACUGGAGGAAAAGAACAUCCUACCCAUGCAGACCGAUGAAGAGAGGCUUGAGCUGAGGCAGCAAAUUGGGACAAAGCUCACAAGACGACUGAGCCAGAGGCCAACCGCUGAAGAAUUGGAGCAGAGGAACAUUCUCAAACCGCGAAAUGAGCAAGAGGAGCAGGAAGAAAAACGGGAGAUAAAAAGAAGAUUAACACGUAAGCUAAGUCAAAGGCCUACAGUAGAAGAGCUGCGUGAAAGGAAAAUUCUCAUCCGCUUUAGCGAUUACGUGGAAGUGGCAGAUGCUCAGGACUAUGAUAGACGGGCAGAUAAACCAUGGACACGACUCACGGCUGCUGACAAAGCAGCAAUUCGCAAAGAGCUCAAUGAGUUUAAAAGCACUGAAAUGGAAGUUCACGAACUAAGCAGGCAUUUAACAAGGUUUCAUAGACCAUAGAACUUGAAUACUCCGCCAUCUUCAAAACAUAACUGAAAAGAACCAUAAGUGCUGGUAUCGUUCACUUCUCUGUUACGUACAAGGUAAAUCUUCUGGACUGCCUUUUUAAAAUCAAUAAAAAGAAGAGGAAAAAGGGAAACAAUGUUUUUCUGUACUUGGUAGAACUACGUCAUGAGACCUGUUGGCACAACAGUCAGCUACUGAAGCCACUGAAGGCAAGAAUUAAGCCAGAGGAUGGCACUCAUAUUUAAAAUUCUGCUGUGUGGACUCCUUAUCCUCAUCCAAGAUCAGCCAUUGAUGCAUACUGUUGGUGUUGACUUGGGCAUAAACACGCUGAACAACAGCUUGGACAAGGCCUACUAUCCUUCUAGAUCAACACUUUGACCAAACACUUCUUUAUGUUUGAGAGCACCUUAGAAAGAUGAGGGGAAAGGCAAAGACCCACUCUAGGACCUUUGACACUUUCCAAGAAUCAUCCCUGGAGGAUCUUUUUGCUGGCUGGCUGGCUGGCUGUCACCCUUUUGUUUUGCAAGGGAAACACCAGGAAGAUUCCUUGUCAUCCAUCUCUUUUGUUCAAUUGACUCCUUUGCCGCAAAAAGCAAUUUUUGAAUUGAUUACAGGUACAAGGUUAUUCGGUAACGAGCUUACCUUUACAGACAGAACAAAUCAGGCUGCCUUCUACCUUACUUGGUACUUCCUGUUUCAUUUGCACCUGUGUAGAGAGGCUGGAUGGCAUAGCAGCUCUGCCAGUAAACCAACUUAAUAUAGCACAUCAACAUUAUUCAGAUGCCACUGAUUCUGCAAGGUGCAACGCAAAGAAGAAAUGAGCUCAAAAUCGUUGUAUGGCUGAUUUUACUCUGUAUGGGGUUCUUUAUUUAUUUAUUUAUUUUUAAGAGCUGGGAUUUCUGUUAUGCGGGACACUACCUGGUGUAAAUAACAAGAUAUGUUGUUACGAAUAGCCCAGCAUUAUAAUGAGAACCAAAGCAUUUGGUAAAAAGCUAGGGAGUGGGCUUGGUUGUUUGUUUGUUUGUUUUAAGGUAUUGGCUUUUUUCUUAACUAAUUGGAUGAUCCUUGCACAUUGGAAAGCAUUAGUAUUUGAAAGCACUUUGGCUAGGCCCACUAGCAUCAGAAUGGUUGUUUGACUCAAAUUAAGCCUAUUUUAUGCCUCUUGGCGAGAAACCUCAUCCACUUUCAAAAGCUGAACCCUUAGCAUGCCCAUCCCAAGCAAAGUCAGAGAGAUGGUUCUCACACUUUUCCAGUGGGGUGAGAACAUAACGAUAAUGCUGUGUAUUCAUUUGCUUUUGAAAAUUUGUUCAGGUACAGGUAGGUAUAACUUUUCGUUUCGUACAGAACACCUGCAUUCUAUCCUCGCCCUAUGAAAAUUAUCACCGUAGAAUUCCAUUCAAGGAUAGUCAAACUGUAAUAUGGAGACUGCUUAGGUUGAGAAGGCCCUCUCUCUUCCUUAGUCUCAUUCAGUAAAAACAGGCCUGUCUAGUUAUGCAUCUGGUCAUCCUGAGAACAAGGACUGGAAGGUGAAAACAAAUCUCUACAUUAAAUUAAGGUGGGGUGAGGGGACACUGUGAAGAAAUCUGGAGGAAAUACAUGGUUUCCCCACAUGCACAUGCAUGCUCACACUGGUUGGCACAUCAGGUGGGUGGGCAAGUAGCUGGACACAUUUCUGAACAUUCCAGUUCUUCAGUACUUUGUAUUUGUCAGCAGUUGUGGGAUAGCAUGCCAGGGGCUUUACCAGUUUGGUUAUGGGUCUGUUGUCUUCAGUGAAGCACAGGACAAAGCUUAUUACUUUUUUUCUGAGUGGCUAGGAAGAGCUGUAUGAGACAGAAAAGGGCUGGUGUGCUGAUUUAUCUCUUGUGUGCCUUCCACUUAAAAUAUAAAUUAUGGCUACACAUAUAAACUAUGCUAGUAGAACAUUUCCUACUAACAAUAGCAGAUGCCACAUUCUGCAGUAAAAUAUAACCCUUCCAUAAGAAAGUAUAUCAGUAACAAUUGGCUAAAUCUGAAGUACAAAGUGUUACCAUUUAACUCUGUUUUAUGGGGAUAGUAAUGCAAUUGGUUGAAGAAAACUACAUGCUAAGUCUUCUCACACAUUGCUGCCAAGAUUAAUUUCCGAGUGGGCUGAGCUAUCAGCUUCGCUCCAAUGUUUGCGCUCUGUAUUUUCAGAUUUGGAACACAUACUAUUUGGGAACAUAUUCACUAUAUGACGCUUGUAUCUUUCAAGACACAGCACUCAUUGCAGAGAUAUCCAUGUGCAAAAGGACACCCUCCAUGACUAGUACUCAUGUGGUGGUGCUUCGGAGAUCCCCAUUUGCCUUACGUUAAGAUGCCAAUAAACUGAUCUGGGAAUGGCUGUCCAUGCUGUGUUGCCAUUGUACCCACUGGUACAUUUGGAAAUAGAUGGGUUCACUCAGCCAACCCUUAGCUGCUUCCUUUAUCUGCAUACCGUGGGAUAUCAUGUGGAACAAUAAUUUACACUUGUUUUCUGCAGAGACUCAGAUCCCUAGCAUACUUGUAUGUGCAAAACACCUCUUCCAAAGGUUCAGUGUCCCUAUCAUAAAAAAAGGUAAAUGACUGAAUCAGGGCAAAACACUGUAUUCACUUCCAAAAAGUAGUCGUAAACAAAUAGAUAUUUCUUUUCCUUGUAAUGUAAAAUGCCUAUUUAUUCAAUGAAGUCCUCAUAUGAAAAAUUGCUUACUUUUCAUGUCUGCAUAAUGCCUGUCUUUUCUGGGCACAGCUAGUCAGCUAAAUGCCAUGCUGUUCCUCCAACAUAAUGAUCAGAUGGCUGGAAACUGUGUGCUCCCCUAUGAAUGUCUAAUGCAACCCUUUCCAUCUCUGAAAUAGAUGGGCUGUACUGUCAGACCGCUCCUAUUCAUUUCAAUAGGGUUUGCAUAGGCAAUGUCUCAUUUAUUUAACAAAACGGGAAACCCCUUCUUCCUAGCACGAGCAGUGAACUUUUUCAUUCACUUCAAUAUGCCUCUGUUAUUCACAUGCAGAUGAAGGUUAUCUCACACACAGCUGCAAUUUCUCUUAUUGUGUGGACAAAACCAUUUCUCCCCUCUCUCAGUAUCUGUCAAAGGGCAGUGAUUUAAAAGGGCACAGAUGAUAUUGUUGCCUAUGGCAAACAGGGUUGCAAAUUAUUCCCUCCUCCAGCCUGUUCAUCCAGCUGAACUUUAUUCUUGUGUGAACGGAAAAGCAAGGACAAGGUGUAUGGGCCGCUUGCUUCUGCACCUCAAUUGUUCUGGAAUCAGUGCAUUUUCCAAUUACUCUCCAAGUCAAGUGGAUGUACAUAGUUUUGUCUUUGUAUAGGAGUGGAUGUGGUGACAGUCAAGCCUGUGAUCUUCCAGUAUUGUAAUUUAACAGAUUAUGGCUGUAUGGAAAAGAAAAACAGAACAAAAUGUAAAUACCUAGAGGAAACACUAAAACUGGAUCUCUAUGUCCUAGGGUUUUGUACAUAUUGAAA